AUGGAUCAGGUGUCUGCUGUAACGGAGCCUCUCAUUCAAUUCACGAAGUCAUCGAUACAUUUUUUUCAUCGAUGCACUAAACCCGAUCGUAAAGAAUUUAAGAAGAACGUGAUUGCCACGGCUGUCGGUUUUCUUGCGAUGGGAGUCCUCGGGUACAUAAUCAAGCUGGUAUUUGUGCCCCUAAACAGCAUUAUCGUCGGCGGAUAA